ACUACACAGGCUUCACGGGACACUCAACAAACGGUGUAGAAAACUCUGAAGUGUAAGAACAUAGGACUGCAAAAUGACUCGAGUGUUUUGAGCGAGGGGACGGAGAGAAGAACUUUUCUUUAUCUUAACGACGCGGAUGGAAAUCAUUUGGGAAUACAGCUUCCUCUCCUCCUCAACCUUGGUACCCUGAACUCAGACUACAAAGGGACGUGAGGUUUGGGCACUGAGUGAAAAUGGAUACAUUCUUUUUAGAGGGGGCCCGUGUCUGGCUGAGACACAAAGAACAGCUCCUCCCCUCCACCGUCAGCUCUUGCGAUGAUUUGUCCUUGGUCCUCACAACCGACUAUGGGAAGGUGUUCUACCUACAGAAAGCGGAGCUGAACAGGGAGACGAUGUACCCAAUGCACCCCAGCACCAUCCAUGGAGUGGAGGACAUGUCCACACUGGCAGAGCUGCAUGAAGCUGCCAUCAUGCACAAUCUCUUACUGCGCUACCAGAAAGACAACAUCUAUACCAACAUAGGCUCGAUCCUGGCAGCAGUAAAUCCCUAUAAGCAGAUCGUGGGCCUGUAUGAUGGCACUGCAGUCGAUAUGUACAGCAAACACCAGAUGGGGGAGCUGCCUCCUCAUAUCUUUGCCGUGGCCAAUGAGUGUUACCGCUGCCUGUGGAAGAGACACGACAGCCAGUGUGUUCUCAUCAGUGGGGAGAGUGGUGCCGGGAAGACGGAGAGCACCAAGCUGCUGCUGAAGUUCCUCUCAGUGAUGAGUCAAAACUCAGCCGGCACUCCUCUGUCAGAGAGGACCACCAGGGUGGAGCAGGCUCUCGUCCAGAGCAGUCCCAUCAUGGAAGCUUUCGGGAAUGCUAAGACCGUGUACAACAAUAACUCCAGUCGCUUUGGGAAGUUCAUCCAGCUUCACUUUUCCCAGAAUGGAAACCUUCAGGGAGGCUGCAUCAUUGACUAUUUGCUGGAAAAGAACCGUGUGGUUCGACAGAAUCCUGGAGAGAGAAACUACCACAUCUUCUACGCUCUGUUAGCGGGGGCGGACACAGACCACAGAGACAUGUACCUCCUGUCCGAGGGUCCUGAGUCGUAUCACUACCUGAGCCAGUCCGGCUGCGUGCAGGACAGCAGUCUGGAUGACAAGCAGCUCUUUGACAGUGUGAUGGAGGCCUUGAAAGUGAUGGAGUUCACGGAGGAGGAGAUCAGAGAGGUAUUCAAGUUGCUCUCUGCUGUCCUCCAGAUGGGCAACAUUGAAUUCAUGACUGCUGGCGGAGCUCAGAUCACUUCCAAAGGGGUUGUCAGUAAUGUCAGCGAGCUGCUCGGCCUGGACUGCUUCCAGCUGUCAGAGGUGUUGACCCAACGCUCCAUGAUCCUCAGAGGAGAGGAGAUCUGCUCACCACUCACUGUGGAGCAGGCGGUGGACUCGCGGGACUCGGUUGCCAUGGCACUUUAUUCUCAGUGUUUCUCCUGGAUCAUAAUGAGGAUCAACCAGAAGAUAAAAGGCAAAGACAACUUCAAGUCCAUCGGCAUCCUGGAUAUCUUCGGCUUUGAGAACUUUGAGGUGAACCGGUUUGAACAGUUCAACAUCAACUACGCCAACGAGAAGCUGCAGGAGUAUUUCAACAAGCACAUCUUCUCGCUGGAACAGUUGGAGUACAACAGGGAGGGGAUCCAGUGGGAGGCCAUAGACUGGAUGGAUAACGCAGAGUGUCUGGAUCUCAUAGAAAAGAAACUGGGCAUGUUGGCGCUUAUCAAUGAGGAGAGUCGCUUCCCCAAAGGCACAGACUACACCCUCCUGGAGAAACUGCACAGCCGACACGCAACAAACCCAUACUAUGUGAAGCCCAGAGUGACCGACCACCAGUUUGGCAUCAAGCACUACGCUGGAGAGGUGCUUUAUGAUGUGCGUGGGAUCCUGGAGAAGAACAGAGACACCUUCAGAGAUGACAUCUUGUUUAUUCUCAAAGACAGCAGGCUUGACUUCAUCUACGACCUCUUUGAGCGUGUCGGUAGCAGAAAUGGAGAUGAGACUAUGAAGAUGGGCACGGCCCGACGCAAGCCCACCGUCAGCUCUCAGUUCAGGGAUUCUCUCCAUUCCCUGAUGGCCACACUAAGUGCCUCCAACCCCUUUUUUGUACGCUGCAUCAAACCAAACAUGGACAAGAAGGCCAACCAGUUUGAUCCUGAUGUGGUCCUGAACCAGCUGAGAUACUCUGGAAUGCUGGAAACUGUGAAGAUUCGCAGGGCUGGAUUCCCCGUCCGUAGAUUUUUUAAGGACUUCUACAGCAGGUACAAGAUGAUCCUGAAGAACAAAAUCCACUCAGACGAUGAGAAACACAGCUGCUCAGAGCUUCUCACACUUUAUGACAAAACCAAGACAGAGUGGCAACUGGGGAAGACAAAGGUGUUCUUGAAGGAGGCCCUGGAACAAAGGCUGGAGAAGGAGAGGGAAGAGGUGCGGCGCAGGGCUGGCAUGGUGAUCCGCGCCCACAUCCUCAGCUAUGUGGCAAGGAAACAAUACAAGAAGGUUCAGUCCAGCGUCGUCACCAUCCAGAAGAACUACCGUGCUCACUUUUGGAGACGUGUCUUUCUGCGCCUGCGCUUCGCCACCAUCAUCCUGCAGAAACAUCACAGAGGACAGCUGGCCCGAUCCCUCCUUCGCCAGCUCAAGGACGAGAAACAGAAGCGAGAGGAGGAGGAGGAGAGGAAGAGGAGAGAAGAGGAAGAGGAGAGGAGGAGAGUAGAAGAGGAGAGGAGGAGGAUGGAAGAGAGGAGACAACAGGAGGAGGAGAAGAGGAGAAAGAUGGAGGAGGAGGAGAGGCGGAGGCUGGUGGACGAGGAGAUGAAGAGGAGGGAGGAAGAGCUGAGACUAAUGAAGGAGAAAGAGGAAGAGCAGAAAAUGGCAGCUAAAGCAGAUGAGAAAAGGAACUCGCUGGUAAAUGGUGUGUGUCAGAAGGUCUCUUGCCCUUUCUUAUCCUGUCUACACAAGGAGCUGCCCCAGACUCAGACUCAAAGUCACACCUCUGAGGAGGAGAGCCGUCAGAUGGAGGAGAUCCUGCGGCUGGAGAGGGAGAUCGAGCGUCUGCAGAAGCAGCAGGAAGACGGCGUGUCCCUUCUCGGAGACGUCUCCCAUGAGGAGCUACGGCAGAUGAGAGACGCAGAGAUCUACAGACUGGAGAAGGAAGCUUCUCGUGUGGCUACUGAGUUUCUGGAGCUCCUGGACUUUGGUGGUUUAGAGCCGUCCCUCUCAAGUGAGGAGAACCUCCACGACCCGACUGAAUCUACAGCCCCUCUGGCCGAGGAGGAGGUGGACGAGGGUUUCCACGCUGAGGAAGAGUGUGUUCCUUUGCCUGACUUCCCUCCUCCGGCUGCGGUUCCACUGGACAAGGAAGUGUUUCGAAGUAUUCCCCCUCCUCCACCUGCCUUUGCAGAAGGAUUAGUUGCCACCCCCUCCUCUGCUUCCUCUCCUGCAACGGCAGACCUCCUUACCCCGAACGGACUGAGCCAUUCCCCUUCUCUCACCGACUCCCGAAGCUCCAGACCUCCUCCUCCUGUAGUCACUAAUGGAGAAAUGCAGCCUUGCCAGAGAGCCAGCAGGGGGUCAAACUUUGAACCUGUGAGCGAAGAGCCGUCCCACUCAAACCUGCCAGACACAGAGUCAGACUACGACCAGGAGGAGUUUGAGGAGGUUCAUGGGAGCUCAGGUGCUAGCACCACUGACGGCCAUAUAACAGACGAGGAUGUGUUGCGGAAAUCCUCCUGCACUCAAAACAGCCUGGACUCCUUCAGAGGCAGCUCGGACUCGUUCAUUGACAGCGAUGAGGAAAACGAUGGUUAUGUGGACACAGAUGAGGAAAUCUCCAAUGGGAGAGGGAAUCUGCUGAAUGGCAGUGGGCCUCCAUACUUCCACGGCUACCUCUACAUGAAGAGUGGUUUGAUGAUCCCGUGGCGUCGACGCUGGUGUGUCCUGAAAGACGAGACCUUCAUGUGGUUUCGGGCCAAGCAGGACUCCCUCAAAUCCGGUUGGCUUUACAAGAAAGGAGGAGGAAUGUCCACCCUGUCUCGGCGCAACUGGAAGAUGCGCUGGUUCGUUCUGCGGGAGUCUAAGCUCAUGUACUUUGAGAGCGACAGCGAAGAGAAGCUGAAAGGCACCAUCGAUGUCCGCACGGCCAAGGACAUAGUGGACAAUCAUGAGAAGGAAAACGCACUGAAUAUUGUGACUGAGGAGAGGACCUACCACAUCUAUGCAGAGUCUCCAGAAGAUGCCAGUGGUUGGUUCAAUGUGCUGAGUCGGGUCCACAGCGCCAGCCCGGAGCAGCUCAUGGAGAUGCACCAUGAACAGGCCAACCCGAAGAAUGCAGUGGGAACACUAGAUGUGGGCUUGAUUGAUUCUGUUUGUGCAUCAGACAACCCCGACAGACCAAACUCGUUUGUGAUCAUUACGGCUAACCGGGUGAUCCACUGCAACACAGACACACCGGAGGAGAUGCACCACUGGAUCGGCCUGCUGCAGAAAUCCAAGGGAGAUUUCAGGGUUGACGGACAGGAGUUCUUAGUCAGAGGAUGGCUGCAUAAAGAAAUGAAGUCGGGAGCAAAAAGCACUUCUUUGAAGCUGAAGAAGCGCUGGUUUGUUCUCACCACUAACUCUCUGGACUAUUACAAGUCAUCGGAGCGCACCGCUUCCAAACUGGGAACUCUGGUCCUCAACAGUCUCUGCUCUGUGGUGCAGCCGGAUGAGAAGAUCUUCAAGGACACUGGUUACUGGAAUAUAAUCAUCCAUGGACGUAAACACUCGUACCGUCUUUACACAAAGAUGCUGAAUGAAGCCAUGCGGUGGGCGAACGCCAUACAGGGAGCGAUAGACGGCAAAGUUCCCAUUGAAACGCCAACACAACAACUCAUCAGGGACAUCAAGGAGAGCAGUUUGAACGUGGAGGCUGUGGAGCAGACAUACUGGAGGAACCCCAUCCUGAGAUAUACCCAGCAUCCUUUGCACUCCCCUCUUCUUCCUCUGCCCUAUGGAGAUGUCAGCGUCCACUUGCGAAAGGAAAAGGGUUACACCAGCCUGCAGGAUGAGGCAGUGAAGAUUUUCAACUCACUGCAGGAGAUGGAGGCCGUGUCAGACCCGGUCCCCAUCAUCCAGGGAAUCCUACAGACCUGUCAAGACUUGAGGCCUUUAAGAGAUGAGGUUUACUGCCAGCUGAUCAAACAAACCAAUCACGUCCAGCACCCAAACAGCCCUGCCAAUCGUGCCCACUGGCAUCUCCUCACCUGUAUGUGCUGCACCUUCCUGCCCAGCCGAAGCAUCCUACGCUACCUCAAGUUUCACCUCAAAAGGAUUAAGGAACUGUUCCCCGGUACAGAGAUCGAAAUGUUCGCCCAUUUCAUCUGUGAAUCUCUGAAGAAGACCAAGAACAGAGAGUUUGUUCCCUCUCAAGAGGAAAUCAUAGCACUGCUUACCAGACAGGAAAUGACCACCACAGUGUACUGCCACGGAGGAGGCUCCUGCAAGAUCUCCAUUAACUCACACACCACCGCUGGAGAGGUGGUGGAGAAGCUGAUCCGAGGUCUGGCUAUGGAGGACAGCAGGAACAUGUUUGCACUCUUUGAACACAACAACACUAUCGAAAGAGCUGUGGAAAGCAGGGUUCUUGUGGCUGAUGUUUUGGCUAAAUUUGAAAGACUGGCUGGCAGUGAGGAAGCUGAGGAUGAAGGCCAAUGGAAACUCUAUUUUAAACUCUACUGCUUCCUGGAUGUGGAGAGCAUGCCCAAAGAAGGAGUGGAGUUUGCAUUCAUGUUUGAGCAGGCCCAUGAGAGUUUGACCUGCGGCCACUUCCCCUCCCGUGAGGAGACCCUGCAGCACCUGGCCGCUCUACGCCUGCAGUUUCUGUUUGGUGACAAAGCGAGGGUCACCUGGAGCCUGGAAAACGUCUACCCCGUGGGCCGACUACGCAAUCGCAUACUCCAAUUCACAAAGGUUGGUGGCGCCUCGGGGUCCGGCCAAACUCUGGAGCGUCGGAGGACUAGCUUCCUGGAUGGAACCCUGCGACGGGGGUUGAAGACGGGCUCAAUGAAGAAGCAGCGCAUGGAGGAGGAGCAGAUGUUGGAGAUGUGGAUAAAGGAGGAGAUGUCUGCCACCAGGGCGAGCAUCGUGGAGAAAUGGUCCCGCCUCACUGGUCAGGACCAGCACCAGGCCAUGCUCAAAUACAUGACCAUCAUCAAGGAGUGGCCUGCAUAUGGAUCCACACUGUUUGACGUCGAGUGCAAAGAAGGAGGUUUCCCUCAUGAUCUCUGGUUAAGUGUGAGUGCUGAAAAUGUUUCUGUCUACAAGAGAGGAGAGCCCAAGCCUCUGGAGACCUUCCCAUAUGAGCACAUCAUUUUCUUUGGCGCUCCGCAGCCCUGCACCUACAAGAUCACUGUGGAUGAGCGAGAAAUGCUGUUUGAAACCCCGCAGGUGGGAGAGAUCACGAAGAUCAUGAAAGCCUACAUAAACAUGAUCGUGAAGAAGCGCUGCAGUGUGAAGUCUGUGUCCAGUUAUGGAACCAACUGGAUCAGGUGAUUGACUUGGCAGGAUUCAAAACGUACUCAGCUACAGUACACCCGGAUAACAAGCAAGCGUGAAGAGAAGAUGUAGAGACGGCAAGAGGAACAAGUUACCUCAAUAGAGAUUGUGUUUCAGAGAUUUUGGCUACGUAGCAACGCAGACAAGCUCCAUCCAGAAAUUCCUUUCUAUAGAGAAACACAAAAAAAACCUGGUUCCACUGCUUGUGGCAAAAGUGGGAACAUUUAAGCUUCUGCACCAUUUUAAGCUUUACAGUCGUCCCGAGUGUUGCCUCCCUCCAUGCAGUCUCCAAACAUGAUACUCGCUCUCGUUGGUUUUUUCUCACAUCUUACUUGAAAUGCAUUUCAGGUAUCUUUUUUUCGUGGAAAGAAAAAAGAAAGAAAGAAAAAUCCAAGAAGACACUAACCCUAACCCUGAGUCUCACAUUUCAAAACAGAUAUUUAUUUAACCUCUGAAUUAGGACUUUUUAAUAUCCAAAAGUGUACGUUUCUUUAAACAUACAUCCAAACUAGAUCAAAGAAUGUGUUGCCGUGGCAAACUGAUGGAGUUGUCACCUUGAUUCAAGUGUUUUUUCUACAUAUUGUGCCCCAUUGUAAUGAAUGUUCUCCUGAAUGGAGAUUCCCUCAGGUUAAUGUGUAAUAUACCUGUCCCUGGGAGAUUAUCUCCCUAAUCUUGCCUUAUUUAAAUUUGUAUUAUUAUUAUGGAUUAAAAGAUUCAGAUGCAGCCUUUCAGGAAUGGAAUAUAAAUGUUGAUGAGUAUGUUGGACAGUGGUAGUUAUGGCUUCCACGGGUGCAUGUGCUACAAAAGCACAUCCCUAUCUUAAAAAAGACAGAAAGUUCAACAUGAAUAACCACUGCAUCAGUGGAGAUGCAACGUCUAUAACCACUGCAGUCGAGUAUUUUGUCAAAAGGCACGAUUACUAAAAUCGAUAGAACUAUUUAGUGCUUCUCUCCUAGAACAAGUACUUUGUGUGGAGCUGUUUAUUGUGCUGACUUGAGGGUAUGUAGCUGAAACUGAUGUUUAAGGAUGUGUUUUUAGAAACAAGCAGGAUACUGCUUGUUCAGUACGUCUGUGUCUAAAGAUUGUUUUACUGUGUUUUUUCAGUGAUGUCAAGGGCCAUGUGAGGGGUGUUGUAUAUAUUUAUGGAAGUGUCACAGGACUGGGGGACUAAGCAGACUGAGCGAGGUGAUCGGCGUGCAGGAAGUGUAAUGGUUGUCCUAGUACUUUUGUUUUUCAUUUUAAUUCUGCAUUCAGGGACACAGAAAUCUAGAAUCAGACAAGUUGUUCAUAACUUACUGUUAAUUUUCUUCAUUUUGUGCCCUGUUUCUGAGCUUUUGUCAACAUAAAAUAUCCUAAGUGUGUUGCCCUCGCCACCCAACAUGCUCAAUUCCUUUUAUUAAUCGUAUAGGAUAUUUUCUCUCUUCUAAUGUAAAUAAACACAAAGGAUGCCUAUGCCAGUCGACUUAUAGUAUAGUUCAUGAUAAGAGUAUGAUCCAAACAUAAUGAGCUUAGUAUUUACCUCACAUUGCAUUACUGUCUUCCAUCGCUCUCCAAUUGUCCUCACUUAGGCGAUCUGGUCAGCUGCCGGCGGCCACACCAGAGACUGAUAUUGCCAAUGACGAUGACUGUAUUUCUGAUUGUUUUGAAGAAGAAUCAGAAAAUGUUUUAUAUCAGAAUUUAAAGAUGCUUUAAUAAAUUAUUGUAUUUGAAAAAGCC